UUCCAGGUAGAGCAAAACAGACCAGAGCCGCCGUGCCUCUCGGAGCAGCCAUGCUGAGCUACGGCUCCCGCUGGAGCACGGUCACCACGACCACCGAAACCCAGGACAGGUCCAGAGAGAGGAGAGUCCGUCGCAUGCGACUGACCCUGAAUCCCAGCGAGAGCUCCGGCAAACAGGACGACACUCGGAGAAGUGGCACCGACACACAGGGCCAGACAAGCUCCAGCAUCUCCAAGAAGAAGAUUAGCGGCUAUGCCCAGCGAGAGAGGCCGGUGGGGGCGGAGCUACCUGCAGAGCACCGGUCCGAUACAACAAAUGGGACUGUGGAGCCUUCGCCAGCGCCGGAGCCUGGGCCCAAAGUGUACGCAGUGGUGCAGAGGACGGGCAGCGACAGCCAGCGGGAGGUGAUGGCGUACGAGUGGUCCGUCAGCCACCUGAGGGACGAGAUGGACUACAUCAGGGAGGUGCGGCAGUCCCUGGAGAUGGUGAGGGAGAGGAUGUACGGUCAGUUUGACGGGAUGCAGCAGUCGAUGCAGAAACUGUCGCAGCAGAUGAGGAGCACCAACUCCAGGAAGUGGAACCUAAAAGUUGAGAAGCCCCUGGCAGAUCAGCCCACGGAUCGCGCAGAAACCCAGAGCCAGGUGAGAGCUCUGCAGAGCUCUUUCGAGCAGGCGGAGCAGAGGUUGAAGGACAUGGAAAAGCAGCUGGCCACAGCUCGUGAGGAAAACCGCGCUCUCCGACUGCAGGUGGAGUCCUCCCAGGAAGCCAACUCCCAAGCCCUGCGUGACCUGACCCAAAGCCUUCAGGCCCAGUUUGAGGCUCUACUACAUGAGGAGCAGCAGAAGUACGGGGAGGAGAUCAAGGCUCUCCAGACACAUCUGGAUGAGUGCAUGUGGAAAAUUGAAGAGGCUGAGAAGAAAGCCAAGGUGGCAGAAGCCCAGAUUGCAGAGAAAGACGAGAGAAUCGGUGAAGUGGAACGUCUGCUCAGCUGCAUGGUCCAGGAGAAGAGCCAGCUGGAGCAGAAACUGCACGAGUGUGAGCAGCUCCUGUGCCGACUGCGUCGUGCAGAUCAUGCGGACACUGCUGCAGUCCUCAGGUCCCAGCAGUUGGCGCAGGAAGCAGCAGAUUUGAAGGAUCGAAUCAAGCACUUGAACGACAUGGUGUUCAGUCAGCAGAAGAAGGUUAAGGGUUUGAUCAAGGAGGUUGAUGCAUUAAAAGCCAAAGUGGCGCAGAAGGACGUGUACAUUACAGAGCUGCUGGACAGAAUUGCCAUCGUGGAGUGUGAGAACAAUGAACUGGAGGACAAGCUGAACUAUUUCUUGUCGAUGCAGAACGUGACUAACAGUACAGCGCCUACUAGAGACGUUGGAUGCGAUCCCCCCUUCAGUGCUGAAAUGCAUCUACAAGAAGAAUGGGAGCCGAGGCCAGUCAAGAGCCGUCCAUCACUGCCAAGCAGAGUGGAUUCCGGUGAACUCAAGUACACCGGGCUGCAGUAGAGUGCAGGCUGACUGUCCAGUGUCUCCAGGGGGAGUAUAAUAGCAACUUGUCCAACACAGUCAACCUCUGAAGCCCUCGCUCCAGCCCAGUCUGGCUCAGCCUUCUCGAACACAGAAAAGCAUUGAGUGGCACAGAGCGUCUCAGUCCCCUCAUCCCCUGAACAUUCUAGUAGUUCCCAACGGGAUCCAUAGCCCAGGUCUACGGCCUCAAGAAUAUAAAGGUCAUGCAUGAAGCUCGUGUAAAUAUCUGCAAGAAUUAAGAUGGAACAAAGCAUGAUUUGAAUGGGUUCAUGAUGCUCCUGAAUGGAGCUGGAGGAAGUAAGUCUGCUGUCACACCCCAGUGCUCCACAAAGGUCUUUACCUGCAUCCUUCUGGGAUGGUAAAACAUUUAGGGGCUUAAAUAUGUUAGAUACUUUAUUCACCCUGUACAGCACUCAAGAGCAGUGAAAAGGAUAGGUUACUACUACACUGUAUGUUGCAUGUUCUUGUUUUUUUUGUAUUUGUUAAAAAUAACAUAUUGAUAAUGUAUCAUAUUUUUAGGAAAUUUGAAUAGUUAUACUUUUGUUCAAGUUUAUAUUGGCAUUUUAGAUGAGAAAUGUUGUAUAAAUUAUCCCAGGACAGAUUAGCCUAAUAUUUUAUUGCUCCGAUUAUUUCCAAAUCUUACGUUUUUUUUCAUUAUUUUACUUUUUAACUAAUGUUCGGCACUCUCAUACAGUGUAGUGUGAGCUCACUAUUUUCUUCCGACAGUGAAAAAUGUGCCAUGGUAGUUUUAUUAUGAAAGAUGACCGUUUCCUUUUUGACUCGGAAAUGUAAUAAUUUAUUUUAAAGACACUUUAAUGCCACAAUU